AGUUCAAGUUCACUCAUUGCUCAUGCAACGCAACUCAUCAUCAGUCCAAUUAUUCUUCCGUGUAAUUUCAAAAUAAAUUGAGAGUUGUUCAAAAUAUCUAGAGAUUAAGUAUAUCGACAUGAAUCGUGCCAUAUUUCUAAUUAUUCUCGCAGUUGGAAUUAUUAUGGUUCCCACGCUGACUGAAAGUGCAAGUUGUUACGAAGCUUGGAGUCGAUGUACAGGUUGGAGUUCGGGAGGGACAGGAAUUUUGUGGAAAACUUGUGCUGGUCGGUGCCAACUGUGUCAGGGACGUGCGUCAGGUGCAUGCGUUCCAAUUAAUAAUGGGGAUUGUGGUGCUCGUACCCAGUGUCAAUGUUCAGGAGGAAAUGUUCCAAGAAGCACGAACCUCGUGGACAGGAUGACCUGCUUCUUCGGACUGUAAAUUUAUUAUGGUAUAAAAACUGAAGAAGUUAGCCGUUUAAUAAAAUCUUUUGUUCCAACACAUUUAA